AUGGCAACUUCUGUCGAUUCUUUUUCGCCAAAAAUCAGUCGCCAGUCUGUUGAGACUACGGGCAGCACGUCUAGUACUGCUGACAGUAAUACAAGGCUGAAACCAGAAGAAUAUGCCAGGGCUGUGGAAGACUUCUCGACAUUGCUCAUCGGCUCAAAUUACCUUUCCCUAGGCAAAUAUCUUACUGGCAAUAAAGAUUCGACAGUGCAAAUAGAUGGUCCUACUGGGCUAGAUAGCACAUCAGACGCUGCUCUGAUAUACUCCUUACCUCUAGGUACCGACGGUCAACGAGCCCAGGCACCGCCAGUCAUCAUCCGAGACCCGAAGCAGCUUUACAAGUUUGAGUCCGAGACGAGCUGCCUAAUACUUCUUCGCGGCUUCUUGUCUGCUGCGUGGAUCAACAAUGUUGGCAGUCGAUUCUUCGUCGACCCCGAGUUUUUCGGCCGUCACUUGGACUUUCGAUCUCCUCAAGACAAGUUCAAUAAUUUUUCCACCCCUUGCUUGCCUUCGGCUUCUUGGCAUUUGAUGGAACUGCCUGUAACGACUCUUGGUAGCCGCGAGAGCACCUUUAAUGGAUUGUCUCCAUCAGCUUGGACCGAAAUAGAAAGAAAAAUGGGUAAAGAUGCAUUAGAAAGGCAUCACGAGAAGCUUUUGAGCUUAAACCCCGCCUUGAACCUCGGCGAAUCGAUGAUUCGAGACUAUUACGUGUUCGAUGAGAUACACUUUGCAAUUGACCAACGCAUCUCGAUAUGUAUGCAGCAAGCCGAAGACGGCUGGCCAGAAGGCGAAGAAAAGUUAUUUAGAAUUCUGGUUUGGGCUGAUGCUGGAAGCGGCACAAGUCGUGGCGAACAUGAUCCAUGGGAUGCCGAAUCCUACGAGAUGAAAUACCAUCCCGUGAUCGAAAACAAACCUAUGAUUGCCCUCAAAAGCCAUUUACUUCGGCCUGGUGCACCUGAAAAGGGAUCUUGGACGCCACAGGAUCCUGUUUCUCAGCUCUAUCAGAACUAUGGCCGCUCAUUGCGCCCAGACAUUCAGGCUGCUGAUCCAUUCUACGCGCUUGGAGAGAUUUUCCAACUCUCUGCCAACUCACAGCAGCAAUUUCUCAAUAUGAUAGAUGCUAAACUUCGAACAUACUCUGCAAAAGGACCUGAACAUGGUCACGAGAUCUUACCACACCUGAAAUAUACGCAGCAGAUUCUGUACUCUCGCAUCCUGGACAUUAAGCGCGUUCUGAUGAGCAUCGAGAACACUCUUCGUCCAGCUUGGGCAAAGUCGAAUUCCCAAACUGGGAGAGAAAAGGCUCAAAUCGCCUAUGAUACGAUUCAGCGCGAUUUCAAGCAUCUUCUCGACCAUGCGGUGUCGCUAUAUGAUAGAACGAAAGAAGCCAUCUCUGUCCUGCAGUCUAGCAUCUCCAUCAUGGCGUCACACUUGGCUAUUUUGCAAGCAGAAAAGGCCUGGAAGUUGACCUUUUUAGCUUCCGCAUUUGUGCCCAUAUCAGUUGCUACAGGCAUAUUUGGCAUGAAUUUCAAGGAGCUUUCUGGAGACGGAAUGAGUAUUUACUGGUUCUUUGUUGUUGUUGCCAUACUAACUAUAUUCACCGCUGUUCUCUUUUAUUUUGAUGGGGUUUGGAGAAAAGUUAGAGCACAGAUGACUGUCUGA